AUGACUCAACUACAUUCCGUUGCCAGUCUAGACUAUGGUGAUGGUCGAACCUGUGUUUGCCGUAUUUGUGAAUGCGGCAAGCACCGUUGCCCUGGCCUGAAAAUACCAUUUGUCGGAGAGACCACCUACCGCGAUGAAUACGUGCCGAAAAAGGCCGAACGCGAACAAGGGCGACGCAAGCAACAAGCUCUCUAUCCUACCAAGGUUGAGCCUGGCCAUUUCAAGACGACCAAGCAGGAGGCCGCUGAGUUGAUAGAAGGGAAGAAUAUUCGUCCUGCUGAAUCGUACAAACCUCGAAAUGAAGUCAAAGAAAACUUACCUUUUGACGCCAACACAACGAAUCGUACAGAUUAUCCUGGAUACAUACCGGAGUACCGCCGCGCAAAGCCGAAGCAGGAGCCGAUGCCAAAGCUACACGGCAUCUACGACACCACCAAAGGGGCGAUGGAUGAGCCCAUCAAGAAGCUUUCCGAUGACGGUAAAAUACUGAAGCCGCCCAAGAGUUUCAAGAGCGAGUCCGCCGCGCAACCGGACGUCCCCUUUGACGGGGUCUCCAGCUACAUGGUGGACUACCCAGCGAAGGAGGCGCCGCCAGCGCGUUCAGCGAACACGAACAAAGGUUACGUUCCCGUUCCUGAGAAUCGCGACUUCCAGACCGUCAGCUCGGAGACGUAUGUCAUCCCGCCGGCGAACACGCGGCGGGCAUGCCCGGCCGCGUUCGUCCCAGAGCGCCCUGUUUCGCAGGAUGGGCAUAUUAAGCUGUCUGUCUACAAUGUUCCCUCCGGGAUUGUCUCCUAA